GGAUAACAGAAAAAACACGAGCCCCGAGCAUGCGGUGUACAGGACAGCAGAUUCAACAAGAAACAUCCAACAGCGACAUCUGGACAGCGACGGCUAGCGGUCAGUGAGCACAGGUGCGCGGCGGACUGGGCGUGGUCAUGAGCGCAGGUGAACGGGAAGAAGGAAACCAGCCUGCGGAGAGGCACGGCAUUUGUUGCGGCAGUCUGAAGGAUGACAAGAUCCUGAUGAAGAUGGGUUUGGGGCUGGUCCUAGUCGGUCAUGUGAACUUCUUGCUGGGCGCACUGGUACACGGAGCUGUGCUCAGACAUAUAAGUGUGUUAACUUGGAACCAAAAGCUUGUCUAUCCAAUCUCCAAUGUCAUCGCUCUUGCGGCAGGACUCAUGGGAAUAAUUGGGGGAAUUUCGGCGAUUGUUCUCUCAAAGAACAAGAAAAACCAGCUGCUGAGUUGGUUUCUCCUAGUGGUGAGUGUCCUGGGUGUGCUGCUGGGUACCGCCUCUGCAGUGGGAAUCAGCGUUGCCUCUGUGAGGGUCAUCGUACUUGAAGGACACAAUCUAUUUGCCCACUGUAACCUCCCUGCCAACAUGAGUUUGUACAGCAUCACCAACGAAUGCCCUUUUGACCCCACGCGCAUCUAUGGUACUACAUUAAUCUUGUGGUGUCCAUUGAUCUUGAUGUCAGUGGUGGAGGCUGUGUUCUCCUGUCGCUGUUUCCUGGCCUGCACUUCUUUCCUCCGGCUGCGCUGCCCGUGGAGGAGAAAUAUCAAUAGGAGGGUAAACGGAACUGUGCGUGUCCAGCUUCCGGAAAUAACUGAACUGCCACCAGAUAAUCCGAAUGAAGAAGAGCCAACAGAACAGCAUGACCUGAUUGACAAAGACACGGUUAGAGUGGAGACUAGUGAUUGGCUGUAAUUUUAUUCAAAUUGCUGUUACACAGCGAAGCGAGAAACACCAAGUGCCAAUGAGAAUGAAGGGUACAUACAUGCUGCCUGGUAAGUGGCUCACAGGUGAAGAGUUUUAAUAUUGCAUUAACAUUGUGUGAUUCUUUAAGGGUCAAACUGUGUGACCGAGCCGAGCGAUAUUGGUGUCACCUUUAUAAAAUGCAGUGUUUUCUAUAGUAUCAUUAUGUAUGUGUAUAUAGUGUUUGUUUUAUGUUUGUUACACCCAUGGGAUUCUUGUUACAUUUAAGUAUUUUUCUAAUUGUUACUAAUACUAGAGACGGGUCAAAAUAUAUGGCUAGACAGA